UUGUUCUUUGCUUUCCUUCUUCCCAGAUGCAUCCGGAUCAAUAGGAAGCACCACAUUGAUGAUUCCCUCCUAAAGGCGUGCACGGCCUGCGGUCUGGAUUAUUCAGAAUUAGCGUUGCCCAGGGAAAUUUCCAUCUGGAUUGAUCCUGGGGAAGUCUGCUGCAGGCUUGGUGAGAAUAACCAGUACUUCACGGUGAAGGAAGAGGAGAACACCAGCGGGAAAUCAACUCCAGAGCCGGAGACGUCGGAUUAUCACUCAGAAUCCCCCUCCGAGAAUUCAGAGGAUGAAAGUCUGGCCAAGUUUUCUAAGACAACAAAUCUGGGCAAAACUCGGCCGGCUGGGAAAAACAGUCCCAAACAGCCUACCCAGUAUUUCUACGUUCCAGCUCCUCUGUGGGUCCCGUGCCCUCAAAAUGUGGUCAGCUACAUUCCAACCUACCAGCCAUUAGCGUUCUACUAUGUUGACGUUCCCUCAAAAUCACCUGUGCCCAGAAAACCCAACCCAAAUCUCGUGAAACGCCUUACCAAGCGGGCCUCCAAAGCAUGAAGACGUGUUGGGUGGACAUCUUGGUCCCUCGACAUCUCAAAUCCUGCCUAGAAUAUGGCCUUGUUUACACUGACAUUGGGACGUGGGAAGAAAACAAUUGUUUUAUUCUCUUUCAGGUGGUUGCUAACUCUUGGCUAUUCUCCUCAGGUGGGGAAUCACCAAGAGUUACCCUCUUCACCUUCAGACCCCCCCCCAAGCCAAAAGAGUGUGGGGGGAGGGGUGGCACUGCCUUGUUUCUAUGGUGCCAAACAAGUGUAGCAUUAGCAUUGUAUAUUAUUUAGCACUUCAGCAUAGUAGGGAUAAAACUGGAGACCUGGGUUUCUUCUAUGUUGCACUCAGCAGGGGAGUGGGAUCUAAGAGUUAGAGCAGAAUGCGGCGGGAACGAGGAUGGGAAAAGGUUUGGUUGUGGAAACUGAAAAAACAAGAGGGGAAAGAAAAACCAGGUCAACAAGCUUCUGUGCCCAGCCAACUUUGCUUAAGGUAUUUUACGGCUUCUGCAAAACCUGGCUAAUCGUGACUCAAUUACGUGGGUGUGUCCUGUGAUUUGAAAAAGCAUAACCAACUAUUUGCUGUUAUCAGCAGGCAAGGGGAUUCACUGUUGAUGUUUGUUUCAUAUGUUGCCCCCUUCCAGUUGUUGAAUCAGGGAUUCUCAAAACUGCAGAUCAGGAACCUGGGGGGUAGGAUAGACAACCUUCUUUUGUAGGGAGGGUCAAAAUCUGUGGGGUUUUUUUUUGUUUGUUAGUUUGUUUUAGCUUGAUGGACUUUGCUCAAACAAAGUUGAGUUCUGAUACAUUGACGCCUGUCUCCUCUUUGUCUGUGGAACAUUCAGCAAGCAAUGGGCCAGCAAAAGUUGAGAUUACAAUUCGAAAACCAUGAUGAAUAAUUUUGAGAGGCAGUUUGGGUGAAGUGGUGAUGAACACCAGCUGGAUGACCUUGAGCCAGGCACUUUCUCUCAGCCCUAGGAAAGAGGCAUUGGCAAAGCCACUGCCAAAAAAAAAGCUGCAGAGAUUUCUCUGGCAGUCUCGGAGAAUUGGACCAGACUCUUUGGAAAAAGAGGGGGAAAAAAAGAUUAGUAAUGAUUUUUACAAUCCAUUCUAACCCCCAAUAAAAUCAUUUGUUUUAUUUAUAGUGGCUUGCAGAAAUUAAUUUAUCCAUUUUUGGGUUCCUGGUACUGUCGAAUUUGAGAAUCCCUAGCUAAUCCAGUUUCUGUUAAUGAUGAGACUAAAAAGAUUGUAUUGUGAACUCUUGUUAUAUAUUGCUCAGCUAUCCAUGCCUUUGGCUUUUGAACUCUUUAUUUCUACAUUUCCAGAUAUUAUGUUUGCAACUUAAGGGCUUGAAACUAAAGGGGGGGGGAGAGCUGAUAUUUUGAAAAUAAUUUUUAUACCCGAAAGCAAUUUCUGUCAUUGCAAAGAGUGAGCAAGUUAUAUACAAGGCUGCAGAAAUAAUACUUAACCUAC